GAGAACUGUUUUUGUCCAUUCCAGCACCCAUGGACAGCUGUCGCCAUAUCAACAGAGUGAAAGUAUCUCAGGAUCAUUCUAUUCUUAACCCUCAGAAAUGGCUUUGUGCUGAGUGUGGGACUACAGAAAGUGUUUGGGCUUGCUUGAGCUGCUCUCAUGUAGCCUGUGGAAGAUAUAUUGAGGAGCAUGCAUUUAAACAUUACCAACAGACUAAGCACCCAAUAUCCAUUGAAGUGAAUGAACGAUAUGUUUAUUGGUAAGCUACUGGCUAUUAUAGCUGCACAGGGUAAAAAGUCAAUUUAGCUGGCUUGUAACACAAGUAAUGUGGUUGAAUAAAUAUCUUGACAUAUUGGCUGUCACUUAUGUACAGGAUUUGGACAAAGUUGUACGAUACUGACAGCCAGGGAUUCCACUAGAUUUCUCGGAAGUCAGUUAGGACCAUGACUGACAAAGAAAUCAAAAUCAUGUAUCAG